AUGAAUCCGUAUAAGGAUUUGGAAGAUAAUUCAUUUUCUGCGGCUCCUAAUCUUGCUUACGAGGAUAUCGCAACUAAAUUGUUAAAAGAUCACUUCUUUUUGACGGCGUUAGAACUUCACACGGAGUUGGUUGAAAGUGGGAAAGAACUUCCGCAGUUACGAGAAUUUUUUUCGAACCCCGGAAAUUUUGAACAACAUGUUUCAAGAGCAUCAGAAAUGAAUUCCAUGUAUCGUACACCUAGCCUAGCAACACUAGAUUCCCUGGAUACAGCAAGAUAUUCAGAAGAUGGAGGUGGUGAUAGAGCAGGAAGUGGUGGUGAUAUAGCUGUUCUAGAGUUUGAGUUAAGAAAAGCAAAAGAAACCAUCAAUUCGCUAAGAGCAAACCUUACUCAGUUUGCUGAUGGGGAGUCAACAUUAGAUAAAAGUGUAAAAGAUAACUUUAAUCAAAAAUCACUUAAGCCACAUGAAAAAAGAGCUCUUAACUUUUUGAUAAAUGAGUACUUGUUACUUCAAGACUACAAAUUGACGAGUAUAACAUUUUCAGAUGAAAAUCCUGAUCAGGAAUUUGAAGAUUGGGAUGAUGUUGGCUUAAACAUGCCCAGGCCACCUGGUUUAAUACCUUUAUUUAGGGGCAGCAAUACUAUAUUGAAUCCACCUAAAUGCGAUGCUGCCACACAGUAUGACAGUGAUUAUUUUUCUGAUGCCGAGUGUCAGACAGAAGGCGAUGAAAAUAUUUGUGUCAGUUGUCAGACCUCUUUUGAACACGAAACUGAUUUGAAUCAUGAGUUACUCAUACAAGCUGAAGAAAUAAAUCUAUUGAAACAAAAAAUAAUCGCAUUAGAAACUGAAAAAUUAAAUUUCCAAAAAUUAUAUGACGCUGCUGUUGUGAGUCUGAAUUCGUUAACAAGUCCAAUAUCGGAGAAACAAAGUAUAGAACUUCAAAUUCCAAGUGAAAAGCUAAAUUUGAUAAGAGAUCCUGAAGAUCAGAGACCCAUUACUUGUAUGGCAUCUGAGAACCAUUAUGGCAGCAGCAAUUCGACGCAUAGCGCAACGCCCGAUCAGUUUGAAAUGAUUGAAAACGAAAAACAUUGUUCAUCAAUUAAGAAAGAAGGUUCUAAUACAAGUUCUUUCGAGCCAGCAUUGGUCGAUAAUAGCGGGAGACCCACCCCAACCCGUAGGGGUAGCGUGAACACAUUGGAUGAUACACUCAGUAUGAAUGAUGCAGAGUGGACGCGGCUGCAUUAUGAAUAUAAUGUCCUGGAUAGCUCAAAGGAAAUGUGGAUUGACAGCGCGAUACCAAAUAGCUUAAAAGAGUCGUUAUUAAACUGGUGCAAUGAAUCGCUUGAAGUCAAUGAACCACUCUCGAACGAUCUUCUGACAGAUUUAGUGAACAAUGAGAAACCUAUGGUGUUGCCAGCGCUGUUGCAACUUGUUGCUGAUACAUUACCAAGGAUUCUGCCGCACAUAUUAAUAGGCCGCCGGAGUGAAUCCGCUGCAUUAUUAUCUGCCGCGAUAAUUCUUCUGCCACCCGCGGAUACGCGAAGGGCAAAAUUGAUACAUACCCUUCUUACGCUAUUUAAAAAACCCGACCCGCCGGACGCAAAGAUUAUAUGUGAAGCCACCUGUCUCAUAGUGAAAUGGGGAGGGAGCGGCGAAGUGCUAUCCUCUAUAGCUGAACUUUUAGCCUCUAGAUCAACUGAACGUCGAGUUUUGGCAAGUCAAAUAUGCUUGGCCAUUGCCCCAUACGUCCCUAUAGAACUCUGCACCUCUCUACUCCUGAGUUUAGUGGGACUUAUGUGCGAAUCUACUGAAAUCGAAAUACGAUCUUUGGGCUUAAAAGCAGCGUGCUUGAUUUGCCCUAUAGCAGAACAUAAGUAUGGCCAGUUGGAGAAUAUUUUGUUCAGUUUUCUAAAGGAUCCGGUGGAUUUAAUUGUUAAGGAUACAGUGAGGGUGUAUGUUCCGGUGCUGGCCCGGACUUCGCUUAUAGCUGGAAAAUUCUCGUCGUCGCUGUAUACCCGUAUAAUUUCGAAUUUAGUAAAAUCUACAAACGAUGGUGAAUGGAAAGAUGCCCUUCUAUACUUAAACAUACUAAAAUCCCUAGUGUUGGCGAAAUUAGUAUAUGUUAUUAACGUACAAAUAGUUAAAGAUAUAAUAAAAAUGGACUGUGAUAAUUUGCAAGAAGUAUUAUUGUGCGAGGAUAGCUUUAUGGAUGUACAGUGUUAUGUGAGUGAGAGAGAUGCAAAGUCAUUGUUGGUGGCUGUGAAUUCGCUCUUAAAAGAGAAUUCCGAUGUUAGAUGGACCGAGUUGGAGUGGUUUAUUAAUGCAGUGAAGCAAAUACUAGAAAUUAUGACAUCAAACAAAAUACGAAAUCAUUCGGCAGUUUAUGAAGUUUUAAUAAGUUUAUUUAGUAGUUACGUGUACAAUUUCGGCGUUCGCUUCACCAGUGAAAUAUUAAAGCCGAUAUUUUUUAGUACAAUUAAUGAAUUGGAAAACAAAUUAGAGAAAUUACAUACAGUUAAUGUUGACAGCUGUGUUGUUGUUGGAAUAUAUUUAGUUACAAUUUUAACUACGACAGAGAGUUCGCAACAAGAGGAAUUCUUGCAAAAAUGGGUCACCUACAGCAGCAUACGAAGUCUUCCAGCAAAAGUUCUAUCAAUACCGCUAAAAUGGCUGACCAAGCACCGACCAGAGGUUUUAGACUUUUAUUUGCAGUGCCUUCAAAAAUUUUCAGCGACAUCUAGCGCAAGUAUUCGGACAUUUAUCGCGUCUCUUCUAAGUGAGCUACUUAAUACGAGUACCGUCAGUGACGCUUGCCUAGAAGCACGGAUGUUGCCAACUAUCACUGCGUUGCUAUAUGAUGAGGACACAUCAGUACGCGAAGCAGCAAUAACUGCAUGGGGAAGUGUCGCUCGGAGCUGCGUUGUUCGGGGUCUUUCAGAAUCUAGUGCGUCCGUACAUUCCCUGUGCUGGCCUCCGUUCGAAGAAUUGUUCAAUACCCGGCCCUUGACAAGUCGGGAAAGUGCGAAAGCGGCGGAAGCUUUAACACUUCUAGUACUGCCUACAGUGGAAAGUCAUGAAGUGUCGGAAAAAGCUGUAUCGUUACUCUGCGGUCUCUGCUAUCGGCAGCUAUCCGCCGAGUGUUUAUCCGCACUAACGCCAGGGUUACAACUCGCCGUGCACCACUGUUCGCAUCAUCCUGCAUUGUUACCGGCUUUACGCAAACUUGACGAAACCGUCCAAUCACAAUCGUCGUUAACGCAGUUUAAGCCCGCAAUAGAAGCCUUGCUUCAUGUGGUGAGCAAUGAACCGAUUCCUUCACCUCGUCCGGCAUCGAACCUGCACACAGCACAGGAAGUGGGCAGGCGCAUGACGCAGAUGUUCCAACAGUCGAAAACUAAUAUCAAUAUACCAAAUAUAUUCAAAAAGAAGACGUAG